AUGAAAGAAAAGGAGCUCCUGUUGAUACCGGAGCCUGGACAAAAGCCCGCGUUCCUCGCGACAAUACGCGUAGUCGAUCCGAGCCCAGCCGUCGUAAACCUAUGGAACGCCAUUGCCUCCGACAAGAUUGUGCUCGAAGGAUACACCCGAGACGGCUGGGCCUGGAAGCCGUCACCCACUCUUACCAAUUUGACCGUCGAGUCGACAGAUGGCCGGAAGAAGGUACGAGGAUUCGCGGAGCAUCUCAAAGAGCGUCAAAAGUCGGCGUACGGUCGCUUCGGCACCACGGGGGUCUGGGUGGUUUCGUAUAUUCAGAAAAAGACUGACAAUGAUUCAAGGAUGGAUUGUCGUGUAUCGCUAGAUUUUACCAAAGUUCCACAUUGCUCUCUGAAAUUACGGAGCUUGGCUGUCCCACCUUCCAAAAAUGAACCACCAGCAAAACCUAUCGAAGCCCGUCCGGCUGGGAAAAAAAGUGGUUUCCUGGGGAAGCUCGUUGGUGCCCAGCAGCGAACUAAUCAUCACGUAGCGAUGGCUUCCACGGCACGCAAAUCGGCAUCUCCUUCUCUAUCGUCCAAUAGUGCGCACGCUGGGUCUAUCGGAGAGUCAGCAGCCACUAAGACGGCUCAGAAAGUUUUGGCCGAAUUUCGACAAGCUUGUCAAGACAAAAUGUUGGAUUUUGAUCUUGCUGCCGAAGAGAAGCUCGAAGUCCCCGUCACGCUAGCCACGUAUACUGCAGGCUUGUCCUUCGAAGACAAAGCCAAAGUCACCAUGGAAAUACUUAAAUACAUGGUUUACGAAGCCGCCGAAGAAGUCAACGAAGAAUGGAUUGCGUACAAAGAACCUGGUGGUUUCAUGGACGAGGCUACAUUUGCAAUCUACAAGGAAGGUGCAGCACCUCCUGAAGUGUUAGAAGAACUGAACAAAGGGGAGCUUCCCGACGAGGUUAUUGGCCAGCAACGCGCUAUGCAGGAUGAACGUGUAAGGCAAGCCAACCAGGCCGAACAGCGACACAAAACUCAACUGGAGUUAGCGGCGCACCGACAAACGGACGAAGAAGAAAACGAUGAUUUCGCCGCCCUAAAUUCGAAUAAACGCGAUCGAAGAACUAUCGAAGACUACGAACGUGAAAAGCGGCAAAGAAUGAAGUAGUCCGCUGUGCAUCCUACAAUGGGGUGUGGCUAAAGCGGUUUAUGUCUUUUUUUCUAAGGCAGGCUAGCUUUUGUCUUCAGUGGAAUUGUUCCUGUUUGCCCAUCAAGGCUGCUUUGAUUGGGAUGUCAGCCGU